GAUCAUGUACCUCCCACACGUCACACACGUACAUGUGUGUGCAAGCUGCUUGGCGGCACAUUCGGGUCCGAAGUCCCGGUAUAGUUGAAACAGGUUCUGUGUACGAGUGAAUCCUGUUUGUACGAAGAUAGGGUAGACCAAGAGUUGCUGACAUUAUUAUUUUUUCGCGCAUAUUGUUCCUGUGCUGUACUUCUUGGAGUAGAAGCCCAUUCCAGUAACUUUGAUCGUGUGUUCAAGUAUCAACAUGCCCAAAGAAGUCACCUUGGGAACUGUCACGCUUGGAGACAGGUUAAAGGAGGCAGGACGCCAGAUCGUUGCAGGGGGAUCAGCAGGUCUGGUUGAAGUCAGCUUAAUGCAUCCACUAGAUGUCAUCAAAACAAGAUUUCAGAUCCAAGGCGGGCCACAGGGGGAAGUGUACGGCACAUCCAUGCUUGAUGUGGUCCGUAGAAUGUACCACACAGAAGGGACCUUAUCAGUUUACAAAGGCAUCCUGCCCCCAAUCCUGGCAGAAACGCCCAAGCGAGCCGUCAAGUUCUUCACAUUUGAGCAGUACAAGCAUGUAUUUCUGUUUGGUGCUCCUGCCCCCACUCCAUUGACCUUCACACUAGCUGGUCUGGGCUCUGGCCUGACAGAAGGUUUUAUUAUCUGCCCAUUUGAGGUGGUCAAGGUUCGGUUGCAGGCGGAGAAACUUCAGUUUUCACAGCAAACCAGUGCAUUUUCAUUAGCAAGGAGAAUUGUUAGGGAGCAAGGCAUCGGACGCAAUGGCAUGCUCAGAGGACUGACAGCAACUCUAGGGAGGCACGGUAUCUUCAACAUGAUCUACUUCAGUUUUUACCACAACAUCAAGCAAUAUUUCCCCUCAGCUUCGUCCCCAAAGUUGGAGUUUGUUCGCAAGUUCAUGAUUGGUCUCGCUGCUGGGACGAUAGCCUCUUCGGUCAACAUUCCAUUUGAUGUGGCUAAGAGUCGAAUCCAGGGUCCCCAGCCAGUUCCAGGACAGGUCAAGUACAGGACGUGCUUCUGGACGAUACGGACGGUGUAUCUAGAAGAAGGGUUCUUGGCCUUGUACAAGGGGCUGCUACCCAAGAUCAUGAGGCUCGGCCCAGGGGGCGCCAUCAUGCUACUAGUGUACGAGUACAGCUAUGCCUGGCUUCAAAAACACACGUGAUGACAAUCGAUGCCACAAGUAUCGUGUUCUCCUUGCUGCUAUAAUGGGCUGAAGGGGUUGAUGAGAAUGUGGUUCAGUGUGCUAGUAGCGCGUACAGAAUGUAUGCAACAUUGGGUGUGCAUUGUGAAGAUGAUAACUUGCAGACAUCACUGCAAUGGUGAAUGAGUGUGGAUAGUAGUGAGGUGCAAACAAGAUUCUCCACACCCCUGCGUCAGAUCUCUUCGUGAUUCUGGUGACGGUUAAAAUGGUGGUUGUAUAAGAAAUAAAUUAAAUAAAAAGUGAUCAACAAAAAAAAAUCCAAAAUAUCUUCCCAUAAUUACCCUUGAUUUAUAAUAUUUUGGAAAAUCUUAACAUUUGGCAUUUGGAGGACUGCAGAUUCGACUGCAGAAAGUCAAACGGACAGUAUUGAAAAUUUGGCUGGUUUUGGCAACUA